CACACAACUCGACACAUCUCAUGCUUGUACCCAUGCUGGAACGACAAAGAGAGAGUUCAACAAAAACAGCAUGAAAAGCUUAAAAUUCUUAGCAGCAGAGGGUUUUGUUCGAAGUGGCCCAUGUGCUAUAAGGAAUCUCGGUUGCUUGUCUUAUAAUCUAUACCCAAUGCUGUUUAAGGCCAGCUACCUGCUGGAAGAAGCAGAUGUGCUCCAUAACCUGGUCAAGACGUGGCCUCUCGCUGAGCUUAAUCUGCGGAGGUUAUUGGAAAAAACUCCAGACUGCCAGACAGAUCUCACUUCGCGCACUUGCAGCCUCUGUCUCAAAGCCCUGAUGAUGGGUCUGAAGGACUACGUUCUUAAUGAAACAACUACAUACACCAAAGUUCUGAGGGUGGUGGAUCUGACCGGGCUGCAGGAUAUCGAGCACCAGACCUGUCCAUGCAGAAGCUCGCUGGGCCGCUGGGCUCGCACAGAACUGCUCACACGCAUGUGCUACGAGACGAUGGUGGCCAUGCAGGGAGAUCUGGCAACAGCAUCAGCCUGGAAGGUGGAGGUGGAUGUCCGGCUCAACGCCUUCGUAACAGGACGAAGCUAUGAAAUGGUGAUUCAGGCUCUUCUCUUGCUCAGCCACUGCCCAUUAAAGCUGCGCUGUGUGGGUUUGCGUGUGGACUCACUUCCUCUGAAGAACCUCUUCUAUUUACUGCACCUGGUCAACACUGAAGGCUUGUACAAGUUGGAGGUUGUGCAUAAUGUUCAUCUGGAGGCUCCACAUCUGGAGGUGAUGCUGUCACAGCUUCAUUUUCCUCACCUGCGCUCGCUCACAUUACCAGCACAGGCACUGGAUGUGCGCAGACUGACUCAGGGUAACGAGGACCUACUCACAGUGCUGGGAGAGCUGAUGAGCAAGAUGAGCGAGUUGAGAGAGCUCUACAUGGGCUUCUCGACCCUAACAGGACAACUGAGACGACUGCUCAGUCCUUUGAACACUCCACUGCAGUGUAUAGAGCUGGCUAACUGUUGCCUCAGCACUGUGGACAUGGCUUACCUGGCGAACAGCCUGCACAGUGAGUUCCUAGUAAAACUGGAUCUUAGCGGCCACGUGGUGGCUGAUCUGUUCCCCAACACCUUCCGCAAACUGCUCCAUCACUGCUCUGCUACUCUCAAGAGCCUGUGUUUGGAGGAGUGUGGCAUGUCAGAUGAGAACCUGGAACUCCUCAUUCAUGCGCUGAGACCAUGCAAUGCCAUACAAGAGCUUAAGAUUCUGGGGAACCCACUGAGCAUCGUAGCCCUGCACCAACUCUUUAACAUGCUGGCACAAGGCUAUCCAGCUCUGAGGUAUAUAGAGCUGCCAGUACCUCGUGACUGCUACUCUGAUAAUGUAACCUACCCACUGGACGAUUCCACACUGCUGAGCUAUGAUAGAGAGAAGUUCCAUCAAGCCAGAAGCGAACUGGUGGCCAUUCUGGAACAAGCUGGAAAAGGACAUGUUGAAGUAUGCACACCGCUGCACGGUGUCUAUGAUCCCGAUAUCCGUGAGACAAGCAACGAGCUAGGGGUUUCUAUGGUGCGCUCUUUUAACACGGUCAUAGGGAACUUUAUACACACUGUGGCGAACGUGACUGAACGGAGAGAAAAUAGCCUAAAUGAGUAAGAUCACAAAACAGAGGUUUAUUGUCCUAUUCAAAAUAUGGGAAAAGACUACAGUGCAAGAAGGAGGAACAAAACACUUAAGGAGAAUUAGGAAAAAGUAAAUUUCUAAAUAUAUAGUUUUUCACAUAGUAUUUCGCUAAAUAUAUAAGUUUGCAUACCCUGAAAGAAAUUGUUAAACAUUCCCAUUUAUUUGGAAAAUAUGACUGAUAAUGCAAAUGAUUGUCUUCAUUAUCACAUACUGGUUUGACUCCUUUUUAAAACCUAAUGAUAACUGAAAUUACCUAAACAACCCUGAUCAAAAGUUUAUACGUAUAUCUUUGAAUCAAAUGUCUUUUAUUGUAAUUUGUUUAUACUGACCACCAUCAACCAAUAAUAUAUUUUAUGAGCAUCUCCAUAAUAUCCUUAAGCAAUGUGAUGAUAAAAAUGAGUUGUUUUUAAUGGGUGAUUUUAAUAUAGAACGGGACAAAAGAAACAGAGAGGAAAAAAAUUAGAGAUAACAAAUAAAUUCAAUCUUUCUCAAUUGAUACAAGGUCCAACAAGAAUAACCAACUCCUCCCAGACACAAAUUGACCUGAUAAUUACAAACGGACCCGAGAGAGUAAUUAAAUCACAUAAUCUGUUGACUGGUCUGUCCGAUCAUAAUAGCACACUGAUAGUAAGGAAACUAAACAGAAAACAAUUAGUAUAUCCAACUUCAAGAAAACAAUUUUAUGAGAAAAUUCCUAAAAAUGAAAUAAUCAACUUGGAAAAAGCUAUAAAUCAAAUUGACUGGUCUGACCUCCUAACCAGCAGAGAUACUGAGAUUAGCUGCAGAACUUUUUUUUCAACUAUCACUGAGCAGCCUUCAUAAGAAAGGUGAAAUGUAAUCAUGGAAAGAAGAUCACCUUACCAUGGCUAAAUGAUAGACUCUGGCAACAAAUGAAAGAGAGAGACUCUGCUUUAAAGAGGGCUUUAAAAUCAGGACAUAGUAGUGACCGGCUUACCUUCACAACUCUCCAAAAUAAGGUAUUAAGGAAUUUAAGAAAGUUUAAGGCUGAAUUUUUUAUCACAACUACCAAUGAAGCUCAUGGAGAUGGAAAACUUACUUGGAGAAAUCUUAAUAAAUUAACUGGUAGGAAUAAAGAACAAAGGAUAAUUUUACCUGAACUCAAAGUGAAUGGAAUCCUGACCCAAGAUACUGAUAUGAUAGCAAGUCAGGGAGCUGGUUCAAAGUAUCCCAACAGAAACUGUAGCCUGUAUAUGAUACAUGUGUUAUCUAAUUAGUAUUAGUAUACUGAAUUAGUAUUGAUAAAACUAAACUAAUUUUUAAAAUAAAGGAAAUAUCUGAAUCAGAGGUCAUAAAAAUUAUAACCUCGUUAAAAGAUUCAAAAGAUAGGGAUUCAUAUGGUUUUGAUACCACAUUUUUAAAAUUACACAAGGACACACUUGCUUGCCCAAUUGUACAUCUGACCGAUCUAUCAGUUAGGCAAAGUAUUUUUCCAAGCUUUUGGAAAAUAGCAGUUGUAUCUCCGAUUUAUAAGUCUGGUGAUAAAACAAUGGUGUCAAAUUAUAGACCCAUUAGUAUUUUAUCAGUAGUAUCCAAGGUGACAGAAAAAUGGGUAGCUGAACAGUUAAAAAACUAUCUAAACUUGGGCCACACACCUUUACACCCAAUGCAAUUUGGAUUCCGCAGAAACCACUAUACAGAGACAGCAAACUGUUUCCUCCUUGAAAAUAUCAAGUCAAAAUUAGAUGAGGGUGGUUUAGUUGGUGCAGUGUUUUUGGACCUUAAGAAGGCUUUCGACACUGUGAACCACCAGACACUAUUAUCAAAAUUAUCUUCUUAUAAUUUCUCAGAUGAGGCUAUGAAAUGGAUGGAGUCAUAUUUAACUAACAGGAAACAGUGCAUACAUAUUGGUAAUUCUUAUUCUUCAUACCUGGACUGUAAUAUUGGUGUACCCCAGGGGUCAGUAUUGGGCCCUAUUUUGUUUAGCCUGUAUAUUAAUACAAGCCUUCAGUUUGUCAAUCUGUUAAUAUACAAUAUACAAUGUAUGCAUACUAUACUAUACAAUAUACUAUACUAUGCAUAAUAUACAAAUGUAUGCAUACUAUUUGUAUAUGUUAUUUGCAUACUAAGACCAAACAACAGGCAGCAACUGAACUAACCAAAGCAUUGGUGUAUGUUUCUGUCUGGCUAACAUUAACAAAACAGUCUGUAUGUUCUUUUUUAAGAGGUCCACAAAUGUACUGCAGGCAGAUGUUUUUAUAGAAGGAGAAAAAAAUCAUGGAAGUGUCCAAUUUUAAAUACCUUUGUAUUAUUUUGGACUCUAAUUUAACUUUUAAAAAGCAUGUAAAAAAAGUGGCUAAUAUCAGAUAUAAUAUGGCCAACUUUAGACACAUUAAGCCAGGAGGCCUCUAUAUAACAAUAGAGGCAGCCAAAUUAUUUAUGCAUGCCAUGAUUUUUUCUCACAUAUUAUACUGUUUCACAAGCUGGUCCCAAGCAAUUAUGACAAUUCUAAAACCAAUUGAGACCCUUUAUAAGCAAACCUUAAAAAUAUUAGAUCAAGUCAUCACCACUGUAAUAUUAUUACUAAAUACAAUUUAUUCAAUUUUAACAAUUUCUUACAUUAUCAAGAUGCCAGUCUCGUUUUUAAAAUUUUACAUGGGCUUGCACCCCCACCACUGCGUGUAUUUAUUAUUAUCUACCUAGUGUUUUAAUUUGUUUUGUGUUUUUCAUUAAUUAAUUCAUUAAUUUUUGUACUAUGAUACUGUGUUGACCUACCAAGGGACUGCAGAUGAAAAAUAGCUCUUCAGCUAAUUCUGGCACAUUUACAUUUUGAGUGUAAGCAAAAAAUGUUGAUUAAUGUGCUUUGUCCCUUUCAAAUAAAUAAAGAAAAAGAAAAAAAAAAGAAUGUUUGGCCACAUUAGAAACACAGGUUUAAAUGGCAAAAUAUGCGGUUUAAAUGGCUAUUAAAGGGAAGUUUCCACAUGUGACUCAUUGUAAAUGUAGUGUCCGUGGAAAAUUCUCAGCUCACACUAACACACACACGAGUAAAAGUUGAUGGCAGGAUGAAUGCAGCAUGUUAUAAGACUGGCAGACAAUUUGCAUUCUACAGCACAAAAGUUGCACAUGGGACACACUUGGAUGUUUCAACAUGACAUGAUCCCAACACAAGGCAAGGUCGACUCGAAGGCAAGGUCGAAUGGGUAUCGCAGAAAAAGGUGAAUGUUCUGGAGUAACCAUCACAGUCUCCUGACCUCAAUAUCAUUGAGCCACUUUGGGAAGAACUCCGAUGUGCAAGACAACCAAAAAAUUAGCAGGAAUUGGAAGCAUUUUGACAGCUAUACCACCUGAGAGAAUUAAGGGCCUCAUGCACAAUUAUUACAAAAGACUGCAUGCCAUCAAUGAUGCUGAAGGGGGCAAUACACAAUAUUAAGGACUAAAAGGUAUGCAAAGUUUUGAACAGGGAUUAUUUCCUUAUUUUCUUUUUUGUUAUGUUUUGUUU